AUGUUUAUAUGUUGUAAAAGUAACAAAAAGCCAAAAGUUGUGCAAACUUAAACAUAAACUCCUCCCUAAUAAACUCAACCAAAAUAAUCUAAAUACCAAAUUAGAACCUCUAAUGAUCAAGAUCAACACUCCACUAAUCUAACCAACAUGGAAGGAACUAAUGAUAAAAUCAAUCUGAGCCUACAAGAAAUAGAAAAGUUCAUUUUGUAUGACAAGAAAACCAUAGAGCAAGAGCGUGAAUUAGUUACAAAAUUGAUUGAAUUGCCUGAUAAAACUCAUCUCAUCGAAUUUAACUGGGCCAUUGCAUACACCAAUUAUAUCAAGGAUGCGGGAAUACAACCUGGAGAGAUUAAGAACAAAAUCUUAUAUGAUAAAAUUAAAGCGAAAGAAGAAUUAGUGUUAGAUAAGGAUUACGUAUUGGUUAAUGAUUAAGUCUGGAAUGUGCUGGUAAAUAUCUAUAAAGGAGGACCCAUGCUCACAAUCAAUGAUUUAGAUAGAAAAAGUGAAAAUAAUCUCUUAGACUAGUCGCUUAAGGUAUUUGCAUCACCCUCAAUGAAUGAUCUUGAUAAAAAAUAAGCUAAAAUUAGAAACUUAAAAUAAAUGCCAAUCAAAGAACUUUAAAUAAUUGGAUUAGAAAAUGAAAUCUACUUUUGCUAUUUAAAUAGCGUUCUAUAAUGUCUGAUGGGCAUCCCUUAACUAAAUUAUCAUUUCCUACAUUAAUACUCAACUGAUUGCAGACCUUUUAGUUAUGCCUAUGCAAUUCUGUUAAAAAAGGCAUCUAAAGUGCACUAUAAAGCUCGUUUGCUGGCUAAAGAAUUAAUCAAAGUUCUAUAAAAGCAUUUCUCUAUCUAUGAAAUGCAUGAUAGCUCUGAAUUACUGCUCUUUAUACUAGAUAAAUUUAAAGAAGAAAUCUAUAUAAAUAAUGCUCCCUAAUUCAUUUAACCUGAGUAAUGUUAGUUUAAGUAAUCUCUUACCUUCAUUGAUGAAAUAUUCUAUGGACAACUUACGUCUUACAUCAAAUGCUCGAGUUGCGAUAAGAUAAGCCAGCAUUAAGAUCAAUUCUAUGAUUUAAGUCUACCACUUGUGAGUAAGAAUUUUAUGUAAAGAAAACUGAAUAUAUCGGAAUGUCUUAACAACUAUUUCAAAGAAGAAAUGAUUGAAGGAGAAUGGACUUGCUCAUUUUGCAAUGAAAAAUUAAGAAAUAUCAAACGGCGUGUUAAAAUUACAUUCACACCCAAUAUUUUAGUUUUGCAAUUAAAAAGAUUCCAAAGUUUUCCUUAAAAAAAAAAAAUAAAAGAACCUGUCACUGCUAAUAUGGAAUUGAAUGUUAAAAAUUUCUGCAUUCCUGAGGUAGUCGAAACUAAAUAUGAAUUAUAAGGUAUGAUUGUUCAUUCAGGAUCAAUCGAUUAAGGUCAUUAUGUGGCUGUGGUCAAGCGUAAUCAGAAUUUUUAUCUUUUCAAUGAUGAUGAAAUCGAGCGUCUCUCCCCUAACCAAAUCAAUCAAAUCGAUUCUGCUUACCUAUUCAUGUAUCGUAGGAAAAGUGAUUGA